AUCCGGAGGGAACGGUGCUGAGGCGAAGCUGGGGAAGCAAGGAAACUAGGAAAGGUUAGAGGCCAGGGAUGGCGGCGGUGCAAUGGUGUAGCUGCAGCGCGGCGAGCCUGAACCGCUGGUGCCACCGCCCGUCGCCGUCGCCGCCGACCAUGUCAACGGCCCGGCACCGGCAUCCGAGGAGGAUCGGCUGCGUCUCUGUCCCCAGGGAGCUCGCCGCGGCCACGGCGGCGGAGGCACCGCCGGAGAUUGAGGCAGCCAUGGAGGAAGAAGGUGUAGUAGAGUGCCAGGAGUGCGGCGGCGCCGGGUGGCUGCUGUGCGGCUUCUGCAAAGGGAAGAAGAACAACGUCAAGUCGGAGAGCAGCCCAAGGAUCUACCGCCGCUGCCCCACCUGCAAAGCCGGUACAUCCUGUGCGCGAGGUGCAGGGUCUACAGGUGCAUCACGUUCCCGGAGACCGCCGACACGUGAUCCAACGGAGGCAUAUAUAUGUGCAGCAGUUUAUUUAUCUUUCGUCCAUGUAGAUUGAACCAGAAAGCUCCUCCAUGCUUCUUUUUUCCUUCUUCUUCUUCUGUUCUACAUUGCCGAUGAAUGUUCUUCUCCUGGCUUGGACGACAGGAAAAACCAACCUACUUGUUGCCGGCUCUAUGCAGUUUUAAAAAAUGUAUCCGUGGGUUGAUCAGAUUGUUAGCUUCGCCCAAGGAUCAAUCACACAGAGAAAUCACGAACACAAACGAACGGAAA